UGCUGAAGUUGAGGAUUUGAUAUUGUUCUAGUAGGCUACCUGGAGAGAACCUAUCGUCUCCACUCACGGGCUUUACUUCCUUAUAAAACCUUUAUUAAAUCAAGUGGUUCCCCAUCAAUAGGGAGACUCGGAUGUUAACGCUGUUGAUUGGUCUUGGCUAUUUUUGAAGUGGUUUUUGAUUAAAGCAAUCUCGAUUUAACUCCGACAUUCGGUGUCUUUCUCAGAUAUCAAAAUGUCUGUAAUUCUUACGUCUUGUAAGAAGAACAUCGCUAAUCGGGAUAUGUCGAAGAAGAAAAAAAUCAUCAGAAAAGCCGGAAAGCUUGCACAAGAUGGUAUCGCUAAGCUGACAACCGGUUGGGAAAUAGAAAUCGACGGCAAGGAAUACAAGAUUUCAUUUUCCCGUGAUAACCUGCAUGUUUGGAUUGAUGGCGAACCAGUGGAAACAACAGCCUACAUAUCGGAUAAGGGAUAUGAUGUAGACAUGUUUUUCGACAUCGAGGGCCAUAGUGGACAUAUUUUCAGUGACGUUGACAACGAUAGGGAUGAAAUGGUCAACUCUCUCAACAUCAACGACAACUGUGUGGCCCAGUGUUACCAAAAGGCUCAUUAAAAGUCCUUAAUUAUAAGGGCCGAACAAGCGCAGGCCAUUUUGCUUUCUUCCUGCAAAGACUAAAUUUGCAUAAUAUUUUGAUAUCAUAGAGAGUCAUUUAAAGUUUUUUUUCUGGAAGUAUGCUCUCAACUUUUUAAUAUUUCAAAAUCAUCUAUCGCAUACUAUUUAACACUUAAAAAAGUAAUCAUAUCAAGCAUAAUGCUUAAAAGUUCUAAACGCAUUAAAAGAAAUUAUUUUAUAACGGCACUGAUAGUUAGAAUUAACAUACUUUUAAUGACACUUUCUCUUUGCCUUUUACAUGUUGAAUAUAAUGUGAUACCAGGUCCCUCAUUAUCACAUCAUGUUCACAUUACAUUCACUUCACAUUCAAAUUGUACUCACUUAUUAAAGUAGACAUAAGUACUUGAUAAAAACAAUUACAUUUGAAAAGUUAAUCGUAGCUGAAACAGCGGCUUUAAUCACCUUCUUCUGCACGAUAAAUAUAUCUUAACAAAGCUAAUAAUUUAUGUUUUACAAUUUUUUAAAUACGUUCAUUCCUAUGGAAAGUUCUCAUUAAUUAUCGACAUAUUUUAUUGAAUCCGAUCACUCUUUUAAAACAUUUAUGAUCCAACUCAUCUUUAAAAAAUAUUCAUUGAACGUUAAGUGUAUAACUUUGAUGGCUCAUUAAAUGUAGAAUAAUUUGUAAUGCUGUUUUUAUUUAAUUAUCAGAACCGUAUAGUGCUGAAUAAAAAUAGAAACCGGCCA